UUUCUAAAAAACGACUUUGUGACAACAUAUGGUGGCAUAAGUAGAAUAUGUUAUCAUACUUUUUCUUAUAAUAGUCACAAAAUAUGAAAUGAAAAGGGUGAUAAAUGUAUAACACCUCGGUUCUUGACGACCUAACUUUUUUUGUUUGGGUAAUCAAAAAUAAGUGAGUAAGUCGUCUUGAUCUGAACUUUCCAAUUUUUCGAUGGUAAAUUAUUGAAUUAUUCUUGUUGUUUUGGGAGUAAGAAGCUAUGAAGGCAGUGUUCAUAGCUGCGUUGGUGAGCUGUUUACAGUAUGCUGUCAACGUAAAUGCUCAGCAGUAUAGGAUAGAGGCAAGAUGGUGCUGUAUCAACCCACAAGAGUUGGAGAAGUGUGAAGCUAUGAAAAAGGCGUUCGAGGACAAGAGUGCCAUGACAACAGUUAUGCCACCAUGGAGAGCACCUAGCAUGGCUAUCCUCACAUGUGUCAGGGGGGCUCAUAGGUUUGAUUGUAUGAUGAAGAUUAAUAAUAAUGAGGCGGAUCUGCUAACCCUUGAUGCAGGGAUGGGUUAUAUAGCAGGAGAAUACUACACUAUGAUGCCGAUCAUGGCAGAAAAAUAUGAAUCAAAUAAUCCAGCCACUGGUGGUGUGAAGGUUUACUCUGUUGGUGUGAUGCGCAAGAACAAUAGGGCGGUCACUAAAAAUGAGGAUCUCAAGGGCAAGGCAUCUUGCCAUACAGGUACUGGCCAUGGAGCUGGUUGGGUGUAUCCGAUCUCCCAUCUACUGGAGCAGAACAUUAUGGAGGUCACACAGUGCAAUGUUCCUGUCAAAUCAGCCGCCGACUUCUUCAGAAGUAUGUGUGCUCCAAAUGCACUCCAGAUCUACUUUAAUCCAUUUGGUGCUAACCCAGCUAGUGUAUGUAACCUGUGUGUUGGCCAAGGAGAAGACUAUUGCUCAACUAAUGACCCAUUUGCUGGGUAUCAGGGAGCUUUUGAAUGUGUCUCCAGUGGCGCUGGAGAUAUUGCAUUUUUGAGGGAGAAUACUAUUGAGCAGAUGACAAAGAAUUCUAGUGGAAACGUCAACCCUUCGGACUUUGACCUUCUCUGCCCCAAUAACUUAGGCCAGACAGGAAGCCGCAUGGGCUGGGAGAAUUACAAGACGUGUAACUGGGGUAUGGUACCAGGUAAUAUCGUCAUGACAUCAGCAUUCAGGUCAGCAACCACGCGGGAUGAGUACAAGAAACUAAUGGAGGAACUUUCUGCUGUGUUUGGAGCUACCGGCCCAUAUAAAAACCUAUUUGACAUGUUCCAGUCUGCUCCCUGGGGAGGCUACAAUCUGCUAUUCAGUGAUGAUGUCUUGGAGCUUAUAGAUGUAGGAGAGAAAGAUAAUUACGAUAAAUGGGUCGGUGAUGAAUACAGGGAGAAACUGGAGGUGCUUGCCAAGUGUGACAUCAGAACAGCUAGAUGGUGUGUUAUCUCAACACAUGAAAUGAGGAAAUGCGAAUCCAUGAUUCAAGCUUUCUCUGCUAAAAACCUCAAACCAGUGUUGGAUUGUAUAUUAGGUAUCAGUACUGAUGAUUGUAUGCAGAAGAUCAGCCAGGGAGAUGCCGAUUUGAUGACACUGGAUGCUGGAGACAUCUAUAAGGGUGGAAAAGAUUACAACCUGGUUCCUAUAGCAGCAGAAGAUUACAGUGGUUACAGUACAGCCAAGUACUACUCUGUAGCUGUUGCUAGGAAACGCGACUCUCACCUCACCAUCUUCAACUUGAAGGGACGUAGAGCAUGUACUGCUGGGGCUGGUACCGCCUCAGGCUGGUUGGUACCAGUUGAUACACUAGUUGAGACCAAUCAGAUUAGAAUCUUGAACUGCGACACUGCCUAUGCUGUUGGCGAGUUCUUCAGUAAGGCGUGUAUUCCUGGCGUAUUAGACACAGCGUACAACACUAAGGAUCGCAACCCUAUCAACCUGUGUGAGGUAUGUGCCUCAGGGGGACAGGAUAAAUGUAGACGCAACAGUGAUGAGCUCUACUUUGGAGGGAGUGGAGCUUUCAGGUGUCUAACUGAGGAUGGUGGUGAUGUAGCAUUUAUUAAACAUUUCUCCGUGCGUGAGAACACAGAUGGACGAAAUCAGGCCGAAUGGGCCCGAAAUAGAAGAUCAGAUGAUUAUGAACUGAUGUGUAAGGAUGGCAAACGUAAAGCAAUUGAUGAUUGGGCAGAUUGUAAUCUGGGAGAGGUACCAAGUAAUGCAGUCGUUACAGCACACUUUAAGACCACAAAAGAAAAGAAGAUCUACUGGAAUCUUCUUAACUAUGCACAGCAAUUCUUUGCAUCAGAUAGUAAUCCAGACUUUGCUAUGUUUGACUCAUAUAAGGACUAUAAGGACCUAAUAUUCCAAGACGCCACUGUGAGGCUAAUAGAAAUAGAGCCUGAAAUGCAAGAAUAUAAAAAUUACCUAGGAAGUGUGUUCACACGUGGAAUGGAGCGUCUUCAGUGGUAUAAUUGCCAGAGUGCAGCAUCAGUGACUGUUACAUCACAUAUGUUCACCUUAGUAACACUUAUUGUAACCAUGGCAAUGUUCUUGUAGUCGUAGCAACAUUUAAAGCUUAAACAUUGCCAUACGAUAGGAGUAUUUGUAUAUAUUUUUGUAUCAUAGAAUUUUUUUAAUUCCAUAUUAUACAUUCCAUGAUCCUCACUCGGCUAUUUGAAUAGAUUGAUUGAUUUGUAUAUAUUAUGAUAGUACUCAGAAGUGCUACCAUAAAAGCUAUAUUUAUUAGAGCAUCAAUUACUACAAUUCUGAAUGAACAUUCACAGACAUAUUUUGUAAAUAUAAUUAAAAAUCAUGUUAAUUAACAGAAGUAACAAUAUUGUAUAACAGACUUUUAAAUGUUUUAAGAUUGGUUUUACUUGCAAUUGCAAUAAUAAUGAUAAUAUCGAAUCAUUCCAGGUUUCAAUAUUGAAAUCUUUCCAGGCAGAAAAGUUAUGACAUGUAAAUAUGUGUAUCAAACUUUUUUUAAUCAAAUAUACAUGAACAUAUUCCAGACGUAUGUUAUAACAUAUGUUUAGUAGUUAAUUUUAAUAUUUUACCAAUACAUGUAGUAUGAUUUUGCAGUAUAGGGAGGUAUAUACCUGUUAGAUGUAUGUAAGGUAGGCAUUCACCAUCCACCUAAAUAGGUGUACAAAAUCCAUUCUUCCUCAGGGGUCCAUAUUUGGAACUGUUGUAACUUUUCGGAAAUAUUAUUUUUCGUCAAAAUACUUAUGGUUUUCUUGGAAUCAUAAGUUAUGAUCGUACCAAAAAUGACCAUUGGGUUUAGAAGGUAUUCUGGAUCUUGAGAUCCUGCGCUAAUGGAGGAUGGGGAUUCCCAGUAUAUACAGCUAUUAUACAGGUAUUAUGCAAUUAUAGUUUUUUAUGAGACAAUAUUCUGUUUUAGGUGAUGUAAUAUUGUACAUGAUAAAAUGGAGAUUUUGUAAUUUGAUCAUGCAUUUAUGAAAGUAUAUUAUUAAAAAGUAGGUAUUGUGUCAUAGAAAGAUCUAUGGGUUAAUUGAAUGGACUCAGGCAAAUAAAUGAGACACGUCUUUAAUGUUUUAAAUAUUUCAUCAAUAGUAUUUGUUUUAAUUGUACAAUAUACAUUACAUUAUAUUUCAAAACGAUAAACCAUUGUAUCAGCGUGAUAGAUGCUUUAAACUUCUUUUUAUGUGACAUUGUCAUUAUUUGAGGUUAACUACUAUAAAUAGUAGGUGAGUGUAUAGAUUACAAAUUAACUAGAAAUUACUUUAAUAUGAAAUUAUCUGUAUAAUAUUAACUAUACUGUACAUUUAUAUUUGGUACAAAAGAAUUCUGUACAAAGAUAUUUUGUAUAAAAUUAACGAUGAUUUUUUAUAAAAUAUACAAGUAAGUAACAAAUACAAA